ACAUCUCACCGUCUCAACUUCCGCCAGUCCUCGAAUAUUGGAAGGACACCUAUUCGUUACAAUCAUGUCCCAAUCUCUACGCCCCUAUCUCCAGGCCGUCCGGACCAGCCUGACCGCCGCCCUUACGCUAUCCAACUUUGCUUCCCAAACUGCUGAGCGUCAUAAUGUCCCCGAGGUCGAGGCCCAGACAUCGCCCGAGGUCCUCCUGACGCCUCUGACCAUUUCCCGCAACGAAAAUGAGCGCGUCCUGAUCGAACCCAGCAUAAACUCGGUUCGGAUAUCUAUUAAGAUCAAGCAGGCCGACGAGAUUGAGCACAUUCUGGUCCACAAGUUCACUCGCUUCCUGACACAAAGGGCCGAGUCGUUUUUCAUUCUCAGGAGGAAGCCUAUCAAGGGCUACGAUAUUUCCUUCUUGAUUACCAAUUUCCAUACCGAAGAAAUGCUCAAGCACAAGCUAGUGGACUUUAUUAUUCAAUUUAUGGAGGAGGUUGAUAAAGAGAUCUCAGAAAUGAAGCUCUUCCUGAAUGCUCGGGCGAGAUUCGUGGCCGAGUCUUUCCUCACUCCGUUCGACUAAUCGUUAUGCUUUUUGGCUUGACCUUGGAGGUUUAUGUCAAUAUAAUUGCUUGCCAGCGCGCGUUUUCUGUUCCACGUCUUGGAUGGGGAGUUGAAAUUCGACACCAAAAAGCAGGAUUGACAGAGGAGCGGGAACUCCCUGGGUUGCAUUACAUGCUUAUUGAGGCUGCCCAAUCUUUGGCGGUCUUUUUCUACCGCAUAGAGAUCCAGUUUACGCAUUUAUGAGAGCGGUUUUAAGUGUCAAGCAUUGACGGAACUUCCCUGAGGCUGUUUGACUAUGCAUGGUUGAAUGUAAGUGACUAGUUUUGUUCUGACAUCCAGAAUAUCUCUCUCAACAAGAGCCCAAUGGUUAAAUUAAGGUGUGUCGCCAUUCGUACCG